AUGUCGUACCUUCUCUAUUCCGUCUCGUUCCUCCUCCUCAUCACCGCAACGGCCCUCUACUUCACCCGCGGCCACUGGCUCCAUCUCGUUCCUGACCUCCCCAUCCCCGGCCGCGACUACAUCUACUCCCGCCUACCCUCCUCCUUUGUCGGCGACAUUGACGCCGGCCUCUCGAGCUCGACCUUUGACUUGGCGGGCAAUGUCGAAUCCGGCGACAGCCGCGCAGGUCUUGACGAUCGAAGCAAGAAGGAGAUUCUCAAGAUCAUGAAGAAGCGCCGCAUGAAGGUGUACAUGGAGCAGCGCUUCAAGGCCAACGGUAUCGGACCGGAUGGAAGGCCUCUGGAUCCCAAGGCUGUCACGUUCAGCUAG